AUGUCUGCCGUGGCUGAAAAGUCUCCUCAGAUGGUGGAGGCCGCGGAGACCCCCGUCGCGAUCUCCAAGGAGGAGGGAUUUCCUUCUCGGCUCCCGACCUCGGAGCCUGUCCGUCAGAGAUGGUACGAGUGGUAUGCGCCGACCGAUACCCCGGCCGAGCGGCGGCUGAUUCUCAAGCUGGAUGGAUUGAUCAUGGUAUUCGUCUUUCUGGCCUACUGGGCCAAAGUGCUGGACUCCUCUGCCACGAGUACGGCCUAUGUGAGCGGCAUGAAGGAAGACUUGAAGCUAUAUGGCAACCAGCUUAACUACUUGAACACGGUGUAUAACGUGGGCUUCAUCACCAUGCAAAUCCCAUUGACGCUACUGAUGACUCGCUGCCCCGUCAACUAUUUCCUCCCCGCGGCAGAUCUUAUCUGGGGAGUCUUCACCCUCGCGCAGUAUAAAGCAAGCAAUGUGACGCAGCUCUAUGCGUUGCGUUUCUUCGUCGGCGCUCUCGGUGGCUUUUUCUUCCCCGCCGUUCAAUGGUAUCUGGGCAGCUGGUACAAACGGUCGGAACUCUCGCGUCGAGGUGCCAUCUUUUUCAUUGCGAGUCAGGUGGGCAGCAUGAGCUCCUCAUAUAUCCAAGCCGGUGCCUAUUCCGGUUUGAACGGUCGGUACGGGAUUGAGGGAUGGAGAUGGCUGUAUAUCAUUUCACCCCCCGACAAGUGCAACUCUCGAUUCUUGACUGCCGACGAGAUCCGCCUGGCUCAGGAGCGCAUGGCAUCCGAGAACCGCGAGGCUCGUAAGCCUUUCACUCUCCCCAUUAUUCUUCAAAUAUUGAAGGGCUGGAGAUUCUGGGUCUUGGUUGCAUUUGCUUUCUUCUUCUCCCAAGCCGAUGGCGUAUACUCCAACAGUGGUCUUUCUCUCUGGCUCAAGGCUGAAGGGUAUUCGGUUGAGAGCAUCAAUACCAUCAACACUGUCUCUCCAGCAGUCACAGUCGUUGCUUCAGUGAUCUGUGCCGUGCUCUCAGAUGCAUAUAAUCUGAAGGCUAGUCUGAUUGCAGUCACCGCAUUCUUGAAUAUCUUUGCAUGCGUGGUCCUUGCCAUCUGGAAUGUUCCCGUCGGGCUCAAGUUCUUCGCAUUCUUCCUCUCCGGCACAGCCGACGGUAUUGCGGCGAUCAUUUAUGCAUGGGCCAACGAGAUUUGCGCACAUAGCUCCGAGGAGCGUGCUGUCGUGAUCAGCGCUAUGAACACCAUCGGUAACACUUUUGGAGCUUGGCUUCCUCUCUUUAUGUGGAAGACCGUCGACGCACCACGGUAUUUGAUUGGGUACAACUGGACUAUAGCUCUAGAUGUGUGCAUGUUGAUCAUGUUGUUUGUGCUACAGCAUUUCUGGACCCGAGAACAAAAACUGGCUCGUUCCUAA